CUCCAUCUCUUCCUUCAAUCUCUCCUCCUUCUAUUACCUUUCACAUUUUUCACCUCCAUUUUUCUUGGCUUUAUUAUUUACUAUUUAAAAGAAAAACCAAACCACUCAAUCUCAUUAUUCAUCAACACACACACAAGAAAAUGUCUACUAGUGGUAGCAAUUUUCAUGGCAAGAAUUUGGAGCAAGAAACAUCAUCAACAACCAUUUCAGUAGCGACACUUAGUCGCUACGAAUCACAAAAGAGAAGAGAUUGGAACACUUUUGGUCAAUACUUGAACAACAUGAGACCACCAGUUCCACUUUCACAGUGCAAUAGCAACCAUGUUUUGGAUUUCCUUCGUUACUUAGACCAAUUUGGAAAAACUAAGGUUCAUGUACAAGGUUGUAUGUUUUAUGGACAACCAGAACCACCUGCACCUUGUACUUGUCCUCUUAGACAAGCUUGGGGAAGCUUAGAUGCUCUUAUUGGAAGAUUAAGGGCUGCUUAUGAAGAAAAUGGUGGGUCUCCUGAUACUAAUCCUUUUGCUAGUGGUUCCAUUCGUGUCUACCUUAGGGAGAUUAGAGAGUCUCAAGCUAAGGCUAGAGGUAUACCUUAUAAGAAGAAAAAGAAAAGCACAAGUCAAAGCAAGGGAAGUGAAGAAUCCAGCUCCAGUAAUAUUCAAUUUUCUUGAAUAUUCCUUUGUCUAUGGAGAAUGUGGCAUAUAUAAACUAAAAUGGAGGAGUUCUUCAUGAGGUCUGGUUUCUAUUUAAGGUAAUACCGAAAGGAUUGGGUUUUGUUAAUAAAUUACUGGGAAACUUGUAAGCUCUUAAUUAGUCCGAUCAAAGAUUAUUAUAAAAUCGUCAGUUAUUCCUCAA